AUGAUUCUCGAACGUGUGACCCGCUUUUACCGGUCAUGUCUAUUCCAGAUUGUCAUCGUGGGAUUAGUGGCCUUCUGCGAACCCGGUAUCUGGACUGCUCUCAAUAAUCUUGGAGCUGGAGGAAAUGCCAAACCUUACCUGAACAAUGCCGCCAAUGCCCUGACAUACGGACUCAUGUCCGUUGGCUGUUUCCUUGCUGGCGGUGUCAGCAACAAGAUCACUGCGAAAUGGACCUUGUUCAUCGGAGCCGCAUUCUACACACCCUAUGCGGCUGGUCUGUACUGCAACAAUCGUUAUGGCAAUGAGUGGUUUCUCUUGCUCGCGGCCGCUCUUUGUGGAAUUGGAGCGUCUCUUCUAUGGGCUAGUGAGGCUGCCAUUGCAGUCGGGUAUCCAGAGGAGGAGAAAAGAGGACGCUACGUGGCAAUCUGGAUGUCUAUCCGCCAGAUGGGACCGCUUGUUGGCGGUGCCAUUUCUCUCGCUCUCAAUGUCAAGACUUCGCAUGUCGGCAAGGUCACCUACACAACAUACUUGGGCCUUGUUGCCAUCUCAUCCCUCGGCGCUCCAUUUGCGUUGCUGUUGUCUCAGCCACAAGACGUUAUCAGAAAGAAUGGCACCAAGAUUCCAUACAUGAAGAAAACGAACAUGUCUAUCGAGGCUCGCGCUAUCUGGAAGCAGCUUUCGAAUAAGUACAUGCUGCUACUCAUCCCAGUGUUCCUCGCUGGACAGUUUGGUGCAACUUACCAGGGAAACUAUUUGACGACUUACUUCACCGUCCGCUCCAGAGCCCUUGCAUCUUUCCUCACAGCCGUGGUCGGCGCCAGCGCCAACAUAGUGACGGGCUUAUUCCUCGAUACAAAGUUUCUGUCACGAAGAACCAGAUCCCAAGUUGUAUACAUAUUCGUUGCUGUGUUUGUCACAGCGUCUUGGACAUGGAACGCCAUCGUCGAGUCGAAACUCUCCCGCAUGACCGAUCCCCCUGCCUUCGACUUGGGUGAUGGCCCCUUCUUCAACUCGGCCUUCACCGUCUAUAUCUUUUUCCGGUUCUUCUAUGAGAUGUUGCAGACAUACAUUUAUUGGUUGAUGGCCGAGAUCAAGGGAGCGCAGAGAGAUGGCGAUAUCGCCCGAACAACCGGCAUCCUGAGAUCAUGGGAGUCCAUCGGCAGCACGAUUGCCUACGCGGUCGGCACAACCCACUGGGCCAACAUCAACCAGAUGGCGCUGGGAUUUGCACUAUGGGGUGCUACAGUCCCCUUCACGCUUAUGGCGGUGUUUGGCAAUUGGAAUGUCGACGAGCUCGAGGCGGAGGAAGAGGAACAAACAGACAACAGUAGUCUGGAGGCUCAGAGAGUGGUAAUCGAUUCCGAGGGGAAGAACUAA